GGCCCAGUGUAAUUGUGUAAAAGAGUCCAAGUUCUAAAGUAAAGAGGGGAAAGUAACGCAGCAGGUACGCGGCCAAGCCAAUGACGCGAUUCAAUCGCACGCGCGCCUGACGCCUCAACGAAUCAGCCGCUCAGCCAGCACCUGAGCACCGCCGAAUCGCCGUACUUCGCCGACUGCUGCCUUUCUCUCUCUUGAUUGCUGGAGUGGCGCCGUCUGCUACUGCCCAUUUAGGCCGGCCAAGGUUUUGGAUAAUGAUUGACAAAUUGCUGCCAAGUUCUGAAUUACUACUAUGUUUUUCUUGUUGAUAGGCUGUAAAUAAUUUCCAGAAUUUCCCUCUGCUUCCGUGUGCAUUUUGAGCUUACAAAAUUAGGAUGUUGGGCCUUUUGUUUCCAGAACCAGUUUUCUCCAAGUGUUUGAAACACAAAUAAACAACACUUGGUUGAUGGAAUUCCCUGAGUGGAUCCACGAAUUAAUGGAGUCUGAUGAAUGGUUCUUCCGCCAUAGCAUCAAGCUUCUGCUCCUCCUCGCACUACCGGUAUACAUUUCUUGUCGCUUCAUCACCGCCCCUUUCGGAAAGCACGUCCGUCCUGGGUGGGGACCGACCAUCCCCCCAGCCCUGGCCUGGUUUGUGAUGGAGAGCCCCACACUCUUUCUUACUCUCCUGCUCUUCCCUUUCGGCAAGAACCAUUCCAACCCGCUUGCCCAGAUCCUCAUAGCUCCGUAUUUGAUUCACUACACCAACAGAACCCUCAUAUACCCGCUCCGGAUUUACCUCACAUCUUAUCGCCUGAAAAGGUCUGCUGCCGGGUUCCCAGUGAGCAUUGCUUUGAUGUCGUUCACUUUCAACAUCCUGAAUGCUUACCUGCAGACUAGAUGGGUUUCUCACUACGCUGAUGAUUACGAAGGUGGUGUGGUGUUCUGGUUGCGAUUCAGUGCCGGAUUGGUGGUUUUUGUUGCCGGAAUGGCGGCAAACUGUUGGGCGGACAGAGUAUUGCUUGGGCUGAAGAGUGAGGGUGGUGGGUAUAAGAUACCCAGAGGUGGGCUGUUUGAGUAUGUUAGUUGCCCUAAUUACUUUGGGGAGCUUUUGGAGUGGUUUGGGUGGGGGGUGAUGAUGACUUGGUGGUCUUCAGCUGGAUUUGCCUUCUUCCUUUUCACUUUUGCCAACUUAGUUCCCCGCGCAUAUUCCCAUCACAAAUGGUAUCUGCAGAAAUUUGGGGAGGAUUACCCUACGAAAAGGAAAGCUGUCAUUCCUUUUCUCUAUUGAUGAGUAAUGGUUUGUUACCUUUAACCCCAUGACAAAGUAAAGGACUUGAAAUUUACCAUGUUUUCUUACUCUUCUCUUUUACAAGAAAAGGAAACAAGAAUUUGAACUUUGAGUGAAAGAAAGUCCCCAGGGUUAAAAUUUCUUUCGACUCCGAAAUAGAAAAUUUGAAGAAUAUUGGAUUUCAUAAAAACUGCGUUAUUUUAUUUUGUUAACCGAUUCCUUGAAAGUAAAAAAGGAAGAUAUGUGUUACAACAUGAUAGGAAAUCAACAAAGUAGUCAUUUUUUGUUUCACUAUUUAUCGUUGGAUUCCUAUCUAGUGAUCCAAGGCGUUUUCCUGGACGUGAACAUCACAAUCAUCAUGUCUGCUUGGUGUGUUCUGUUUUGCAUUAUUAUUAUUUUUCAUUCAAUCAUAAUAGUGCAUCUGAAUUAUGAUAGACUGAGGAAGGCAAGAACCAUUGUGUUAUGAGUACUCAUAUGUUGCACGAGAUUAAGUUUGGGAUUUAUUGAACUAUUUCAAGU